AUGGACUUCGCAAGCAGCUUCGAAACGCGCCACUGGGGAGACGGCGGCGGAUCUGCGCUGGCUGGGCAGGGCUCGGCACCCCAGAGCUCGCUCGCCGCCGUCAUGAGCUCGAGGGAGUGCGUGGAGGCGGCGCUGCGUGAGCUGGAGGGGAGCAUCUGCAAGGCGCGGGUCGACCUCGACCGCGCCGCGGCCGCUCUCCGCCAGGAGCUCGGCGGGACGAUGCGCCAGGUGUCCGGCGGCGACUCCGUCUCUCUGCGCCAGGUGUCCCCUGGGAGCGACUGCCAGCUCAGCGGUGAGUGCAGCGGCGCCUUCCGCAGGGACCCUCGCCGCAGCGUCGUCUACCGCAGCAGUGACACGAGGCCGACCAGGUCGAGGUCGAACAUCAAGGGGAGCUUGCUGGACGAGGAGCAGGGCGGCAUGGGUGCGCGUUGCCAGCUGGACGAGAGCUGGCCAACGUCGCUGCAGGCGAGGUUUGGAGGCGACGUCGACUCCGGGUUCCUCGGCCCCGCUGCGUCGACGGUUGCCAUGGUGUCCCGUGUUUCGACGGGGAUGUUUAUGAGGGGUGCGAGCGCGGCCAGCGCCAGCGCGUUCUCCAGCCACGGGACGGGCAGGCCUUGGUUCCUGAUCGACCCGACGUGUGCAUGUUUUUCUGCAUACGCUAUCGUAGGUUUUCUAUUCUUGGCCCUCGACAUCAUCUUCGUUCCAUGGAUGUUAGGCUGGGAUGUUGCGACGGAAGGAAUGCUCUAUCACAUAACCUGGGUUACAGCUCUAUAUUGGUCCGUCGAUAUCGCCAUUAAUUUUUGCACGUCCUUUCACCACAACGGUGAAGAAGUCAUUGACCUGCGCGUUAUAGGGAUGAGCGGAUUUGAGAUCUUGGUUUGUCGCCGAUGUGAUCAUCGUCACGUGUGA